CGCUCUCGGAAUAGGUCGAUUUUUGCGGAUUAUCUAACAAAAGUGCGGAUACCGAUUAUUAAGGGUGUCUUCUGCUGCUGUGGCAGUACAUACAGAGUCUGCAAGGGACUAUAAAGUUAUAAGGGCUUCAAUGGUAUCGGGCACCAUGUCUAAUAGAGCGAGUAAUCCUGACGGGGUAGAAAAGGCCGGCUUCAUUGACGUCAAGUUUCCCGCGAAAUCCAAAGGAAAACGGGGUUGGGUUCGACGUUGGGUUGUGAUCGUCAAACUCCGAGUAGAAAGCAGCGAUCUGUGGAAGUGCUGCGCGAAGGUCGACUUCUACCCAGAUGAAGACUCGUGGAGGAGAGGGAAACAUGCCGACCGCAGAAUCAUGGAGAAUGUUAGCGUCAUCAUGCGGACACCAUCCUCUACGCAUGCGUACGCGUUCCACGUGGACGGAGACGCACCGUUGUCAAUGGCAGGUCAAAAUGAGACCGAAACCCAGGAUUGGAUGAGAGUGCUGAGGACCAUCUUCAUGCCCAAAAUGAGGAGAAGGGAAUCACUAAAGGAUGGGACGUUCGAAGUAUCUGUAAUAGACAACCCCUCCUCCAAGAAGAAAGGCCUGAAUGGGGACUACCUCAUGUCCAUCAAGUCAAAACACAUCAAUCUCAUCCCAACAAGUGAGUCUCAGGAGCAUUGCGAGUGGGAGCUCAGCAUGAUCCGAUCAUUCAGCCUGACCAAGGGGCUCAACGAAACAGAUAAAGAAAAGGUUUUGGACAUCGUGUCUGGCCCAUUUCCAAACCAGGGAGAGGCAGUUUACCGGUUCUAUUGCCUCAGAGCAAGGGAGCUCCUGAAGAUGAUCUGGACACGAAUUCAAUACUUGAUGGAUAAUGGCAGUAACGGAGAAGUCACACCAGCCACAUUUAGGUCAAGAGCUUCCACUGACUCAAAUACUGGGAGUGAGUACAGUAGUCGGACUGGUACUCCUACGACACGGCAAUCCGCCUUCGCUGCAGGAGUGCCACCAGAAGAGCUCAGAAAGCGGAUGGUCGACCACCAGUCUUGGUCACAUGGCUACGAUACUUUGACGAGAACAUACUUUAAGAGACAAACAAGCGAUAUGGGUCCUGAGAUGACCGAGUGGAAGUCACCGAUGGCAAGCGAGCCGUAUGAGUGGGAAGAUGAGGAUCCGUACAGCCACAUUGGUGAGCAGUCCGACGAUGAACUGUGCAGUUCUGAUGAUCAGGACGGCGACUUUGAACAUCCAGUACACAGCUCGGUCAGCGGUCUUCGCAAUAAUAUCUUGGAUGGUCCGAAAGAAGAUCCGCCACCGCCGCUACCACCAUCCUCGCCAAGAUGUAAACUGAGGCUGGACAAAGACAAGGGCAGGGCAGCUUCUGACAGUUCGAAUGCAUCAAAGUCUUCUUCGAGGGAUUCUGGCAUCUUAAAUCCUACUUCUGAAGCUCACCCAAGUAUUCUUGAAGAGAGUCACGAGCGAAAUGAUUGGAGACACCACGACUCUGUGGACAGCGCAUAUUCGUCAUCGACACGGCGUGGAAGCAACGAACCAGGGCACAUGGCUGACCUCGACGAGCAGACGACCGAUACAGCAGUUGAAGAACUUCUCCGGCAGAGCAUAAAUGCGAAUGUUGACGAACCCAUAUCCCAUUCGGUGCAAGACUUUGAAUCAAGUUCUAAUACACCGUUCGGUGAUUCUUUACAGGAUGAUGAAAAUAUUUACGAGGAACUGUCAAAGCAGCGUUGUUCUUACAGAAAAAACCUAAUGUCGUUUUUAGGAGCCGAGGCAAGCAGCUUUGAUAUGCAAGAUGCCCAAGGAAAGAACGAAGCACUUUUGAGUAGGAGGGGUUCCGAUGCUACAAUGGUUUCGUCAAAGAAAGGUAAGAAGAUGAAGCUUAGCACGGAACAAAAGAAGGCCGAGAUCAGAACCAUUCUCAAAGCAAUGGGCAAGUCCGAAGAUGAAGAUGACAUAUAUGAAGACUUGGACCAGUUCCUGAAGAAGAAGGACCUGUCAAAGAUCUUUGGUGAGGACUUCGAUGUUAAGCGAGAAGGAGUUCCAGAUCUACCGACCCGGCCCAAGUCAAUCUCAAUUCAAAGAUCAACAUCUCAAAUCGAUGCAGAGAAGCCGAAGCGUUUCAGAAAGUUUAAAAGCAUGGUGAAGAAGUUGAGGUCACCGCUUGGUAGUAAAGGCGAGCACCUGACUGCUGGUUUGGGAAGUGACUCCUCACUUGAGGAGGAUCCUCAAAGAGAAGCAAACGCGAUGCUUCAACAUCUUGAAGGGUGGCCGAUUGGCUCAACGGGGAGUGCGUCAAGCACUGAUAGCCUCCUCUACGCGACACCACCGCUCCCAAAGCCAAGAACAUCAUCUGCUUCCGUUGCAAUAAAGGGCUCACCGAUGAUGACAAGGGAAAGGAAGAGAAGCAAAUCGCACCCUCAUGAUUCUUUUGUGAAAAGCGCUGGCCUUGUCCCAGCUGUCGCAGCAGAGGAGACUACUGAACCUCUGUAUGAUAUCCCAAGGAACAACACCUCAAUAGAAAAUGUGGCUGACUCCGAGAAUCUUGCAGACGAUACCAAACAUCGCGCCAGUAUCCAAAGUAACGUGUCAUUACUUAUGGGUGGAGAUAAUGAUUAUGAGGAUCUCACUGAACCGCUAAGUCCCUUCCAACCCUUCCAACAUCAGGAUCCUUUUAACAUUGCUAAAUGGAAACAGAGUAACAGGAUUCAAAGUGAGCCGGAUUUACGAGAAAGAGACAUGAAUUCUAUCGGGAGGGAGGCCGUGUCCAUGCCUGCUAGUGGGGCCUUUGGUGUUCCACCUCCACUGCCGGCUAGCCGGGUCAGCGCCACUGGUGACAGCAUGAAAUCGGAUCAAAGUUCCUAUAACAGAAGCACAAGCUUUGAGCUGAACAUAUCAGACAUUGCCCGGCCAAUAUCAAUCUUUGAUGGGAGUUCAAGCUCGUGGCUUGAUAAUAACCCCAUGUGCCAAGUAAGCUCCCCAGAGGAAGACUGUUAUUCAUUUGACAAUUCUGAAUAUAUCAUAAAAAAUACUGACGGGAGGAAUGUCCUGUCGAACAUUACUGAGUCCAUGCGGCGGAAAAGUUACCUCUCAGACAUUUCUGAAUCCGAGCGUUCACGUCAGGGCAGUUUCACAGUGUUUUCACACGAAGAUCCCGGCAGGAGAAAUUCAGAAUUUGAUGCAUCCUCAUCAUUGGCCAAAUCUAGAAUCAGCAGUGGAAUGCCCUAUGGAUAUGACUCGGAUGAAAGUUCAGACUAUGUUGAUAUGUCGGGACUAUGUUUGAAGAAGGAUAUAGCAUGUUCGGACACUACGUAUGUGAGUAUGGAUGAACCGUUCAUGAAGAAAAAGGAAAGUGACUGUUGAUGAUGAAAGGCAUUGUAAAAGUGUAACACGAGUGAAAAGUGCUUCUGCUGCGGGUGGGAGAGGCACAUUUCAGUUGAUUGGCGUGUGGUUCAGUGCCUCAUUGCCUCUGUGGGCGCUGCAGGUUUUGUUGUGGUGUUCAGUGGGAACGAGCAUGGUUGUCCUCAUCAAACAGUGCCCCAUAACACUGAAUAAUACCACUCAUUUGAAAUUCAUGCUGUGCAAUGCAUCUGUAACAUUUGGACAAGUCGGCUUGGACAAGCACGUGUCAAGUAAUUGGGUUGAAUUUCAAAGCAGGCGUAAAACAUUUUUUUGGUAUGUCAUAUCAUAUACCGGUAUAUCAUUAUCUUUGUAUGUGUAAUAAUUAUUCCAUUUGCCGCAGUUAACAAUAUAUAGUGCCAUAAUAGAAAAUACGACUCACAAAAAUAAAAAAGUGCAGUUACCGAUGCAUUCAUCAGGACUUAUUCUGUUCAGAGCUGACCAUUGUGCUCUUCGUCGUCACAGCCGGAACACAGACUCUCUAGAAACAGAAAGCGCUCUUGACUAACGAUAGAAAGAUAAUGUUUGACACAUAUCUCUACCUUCGUAUGAUAGAAAAAUUACCUUUUACAAGUACUGGUGCUACUUUAACAUAUUUUAAUUUGUAUUUUGGUGCUACACGAGGUCGAGAUGUGAUUAUAAGCAAUUGAACAUGAAAGCAUGAUUUAUCAUUAUGACCACCACUCCAGGAAGACCUUUUGACCUGCCCAAUAUGAUAUCAUGUUUUUUCUUGUCCCCAGUCAUAGAUUUAUCUACUCGGGCAAGAUGGUUUUUUAAGUGUAAAUAAUCAUUUUUAUGCUGGUGGUAUAACUAUAAAGGUGCAAUAGCAUAUGUUUAUUUUUUGUUUCAAUAUAGUACAUGUAGUUUCUAUAUAGUACAUAUAGUACUUGAGUUUAUGAUCUGGUUUCGUUUCCUGAACAUCCUGAGAAUGAGGUUUUUUAUACUCCAAUGAUAUAUACAAAAAAUACCGAGAGGCGGAGUACAUUGAAAACAACUCUUGGUGCUAGGAUGUUUCCUGAUCAGCCCUUUACGUUAUUCAAAACAAGUUAUUUAACGAACUUUGACGUUGACUUAACCUCGACGUCAUCUCUUCAGUUGCAUGUAAGCCAAUGAGACUUAUCGUCAUGUUAAAGUUACCGCCAACUUAGUGACUACUUUAAGGGUCUUCAACGGUUGGUGUAGAUAUCUAUCAUAUCAGCAUCCGUAUUUCUGACGCAGGGUUAAAAUAGUUCUGUUGUGGAGGGGAACAAUCAGAAGUCGAGUAGAUCCAACCACCACCACCACAACAACAACAACAACAACAACAACAACAAAAACAACAACAACAACAAAAACGAAAACAAAAACAACGAAAUUACUGUGAAUAUUAAGGCAAGCGCUUCUAACCUGUAAAAUAAAUGUAACGGUGUAGUUUGUAACUUUAAUUUAUUUAUCAUAGAGACAAGUUUCAUACAUGUACAUCAGUGAUACAUAUUCUAGUAUUUACAUGUAUACGUAAGAGAAACUUAUGUAUGAAGUACUCUCAGCCCUCUUGGGCUUAUUUCAAUAUCGCUUCAAACUUAUACUAGUCAAAGAAAUACAAAACAGGAAAAGUACGCAGUAUGACGGAGAAAACGGGAGAAAAUUAUAUUAAAAUGUGCUCAUGUGCAUUAGUGAUAGCGUGAGGGAGGAAGAAAGCCAAGGAAACCCCCUCGACUGACCUGCAGUCUCGGGGGCUUCCAAGCAAAAGACUUGGUAUGGGUGUAGUCGGGUGUAGUCUGAUACCUUGGAAAUUCCACUCUUGUGGUUUUUGUAUUUGUAUAUUACAUGUAAUAACAUCUCCUCAUGUAACACCUAACUUAUGCGUCAAAAUUAAUGUGUAAAUAUAGUGUAAAUCGUGGAAGUCGUGUAAAUACAAAAUGAGAAUAAAAAGCUUUUUCAAAACAU